CAGUUCACAGACCAGCCUCAGACAUUUCAGAGUGUGCCUAGCCCUCUGGACAAUGCAAUCUGUUUAGGAUCACUAAGAAUUGGCUCUUUCCAACUCCGUGCUUUCAGAGGAAAACCUUAGAAUCAAGCUUCUUUUGAAGGAUUGAAUCAGAGAAAACAAACUGUUGUUCAUAGUCUCUCUGAAACUUAAGAAAGCAAUGGCAUCAAUACCUUCCAUUGGGUGUCUUCUGGCCAAAAAUCAGUAUUAUCGAAAGACUAGUAUUUCAUCAGUUAGCUCUCUAACUGAUUCUGAUUCUGGCAACUUCAUAAGUGAUAACAAAUCCCAUCAAGGGUUACUGGAAGUUGCAGAAUCAACCUGGUGGCUUAAAUGCUUUUUCCAUUCUGAACCAGUGCCUUCAAAUGUGAGGAAAGACUUGUCUGCCAGUGGCUCUAAUAGUUGAUUCUGGCAAUCAAGAAGAUUCUACCUGAAGAAGCCCUCUUUAAGUGAAUGUCAUCCUUCAAGCACGCAAGAUAUUACAGAGGACUUCUCCAUGUAAGAAGACAAUAAUCUGAGAAUAUCUCAUUUAUGAGAUUAGAACACACCUGCCAUCAACAUAGAAAAAAUUCUCAUAUUUUUUCCCAGUUUUGAGACUAUGAUUGCAAAAGUCUCUAGCUACAUUUGGAGAUAUUGAAAAACUACCUUUUGGAAGCAUGUACCCUUUUAGAGUAGUAAAUGUCUACUAUGAUAUUUGUGAAGCAGCCUUGUCAUUACCAUAGUUUUUAGCUUUCAAAAAUCAUGAAUGUGUCUCUCUGUAUGGCUGGCAUAUGGAUAGCUGUACCUUAAAAUUGAAGAAUUGGUGGGUUUAGAAAGGUAGCUUGCCAUCUAUGGCCAUACCACCCUGAACAUGCCCCAUCUCGUCUGAUCUCAGAAGCUAAGCAGGUCGGUCCUGGUUAGUACUUGGAUGGGAGACUGCCUGAGAAAGGUAGCCUGCCAAGGAGGGCACAAACCUUGCAAUGUCUACUGCCCUGCUUCUACUCCUGCACCACAUAGAAUUACCAUGGUAGAAGAGGAUAUUUUGGUGCUUUGAUAUGUCACUCUCUAUCUUGAAGCAAAAAAAAAAAAUGUUGGCCAGUUGUGAUAACAUCACUUAUUCACAAGACCCUGGUUCCACAACAUACAAAAAACCUGAAGUAUUGGUUCCUAAAAUAAUGGUUUAAAGGGCAUAGCUUACUAGUAAAUUCCACCAGCUUUGGCAGGCUGCAACUUAGGUUCGAGCCUAGUCUCCACCGCACUUGGGGAAGCUUCAGUGCUUUACUAUCUUUCCUGUGCUCUGUUUUUGAUUUUCUGAACUUCUGACUCUCAACCUCUCUUUUUCUAUCUGAAAAAUUCAGCACAAAAUAUUGAAGCCCUGACAAUGACAGUAAAAAAGAGGACACUGAACUUAGGAGUGUACAGUUGCAAAGAUUAUAUUGUAACCAUAAAAUUAGAUGUAACAAAUAUACAAAUAUAUUGUUAAGUACACCACUAUCUAUCAUGUUGUGUACUAACAGUGUAAAGUUCAAAAUUCAUGAUUUUAAAUAGUAUUUAAAGUCUUAUGGUAGAAAUAAACCAAAAUAGGAUCUAUUUCUGGAAAUGGGUCUAGACAUUCUUUUCAUUUUCUUUUUAUUUUUCUCUGUUCUUUCAAACUGUAAUAUAAUAUGUUUUUAUUAUUAGAAAAUAAUAAAUGUUUUAUGAAAGAAACAGUAAA